AUGUACGCUGGCGUGGACAAGUACGGCGGCGCAUUGGUGGGCGAGGGCCAGCCCGACGGCAGCUCCUCGUCGUCAUCUACGCCCGCCUCCGGGCUGUCGCUGGAGGAGGCAAUUGAGACCGCCGCCGCCGAGGAGACCGUGGUGGUGGAUGUGCCCUACUCGUACCUGGAGGACGAGGACGACCCCAAGUCCGUCGUCUCCGGGGUCUCCAAGGUGCUGCUGUCCGCCCAGUUGAACCCCGAGGCCGGCGGCCUCAUGUGGGUGGAGCAGAGCAGCCCCCAAGAGGCCUACAAGAACGUGGUGGCCAUGUCCCAGAUGACCUCCAUGCUGCGCGACCACGACCGCAACAACUGCUACGAGCGCGGCAUCAAGCGCGCCAUCGCCAAGUUCAAGCAGCAGCGCGGCCGCGCGCCCAUCGUGCUGGACAUCGGCACGGGCACCGGGCUGUUGUCCAUGUUCGCGGCCACCCACGGGGCCGAGCACGUGUACGCGUGCGAGAUGUUCGUGCCCAUGGCGGAGAUCGCCCAGCAGGUGACGCGGGCCAACCACCCGGACAAGAUCACGGUCUUCAAGCUGCGGUCGACGGACCUCAAGGUCGCGCCCGAGAAGGCCAGCGACAAGGACCCGAACGCCACGUACCACCUGCCGAGGCGCGCCGACAUGCUCGUGUCCGAGCUCUUUGACUCGGUUCUGCUGGGCGAGGCGGUGCUGCCCACGAUCCGUCACGCCAUGCAGCACCUGCUGACGCCCGACGCGGUCAUCGUGCCCGAGCGCGCGACGGUCUUCGCGCAGGUCCUCGAGAGUGAGCCCAUUUACCACUUCAACAGCUUCGCCGUGCCGAAGAAGCAGCAGAAGGGAGGAGUUGCUGAAGCCAAGCUGGCCAGAAGUGACACGGCAUGGCAGUGUGAGGGCGGCAAGCCCGCGUUGCCGGUGCAUUUCCGUGCGCUGGAGAAGGAGUCCAAGGUGCUGACGAAGCCCACGAAGGUGCUGAGCUUCGACUUCACCAAGCCCACGACGGGCUCUGCGGAGUACCAAGAGACGAUCGUUGAUGUGGUUGAGGCUGGAAAGGUUCAAGCUGUGCUCAUGUGGUGGGAGGUGAGCUUCGACGAGGACAACAGCGUCGUUUACUCGACCAAGCCGGGCGCGCAGAACUGGCAGGACCACUGGGUGCAGGUCGUCUUCCCUCUCGUGCAGAACAUCCAUGCCGAGCCGAACGAGAAGCUCGUGCUGCGUGCUCACCACGACGACAUCCGCAUCUGGUUCGACGUUGAAGCUGCUCCAGGCAAGGACUCGCCCAAGAAGGCCAAGCGCUCGGUGGUGAGCGAGAAGCCUCCGUGCACCUGCGGAAUGCACCUCAUCUGCAACGCUGAGCGGAUCUCCAUGCUCACGGAUGCCACGCGUCGCGAGGUCUACAACGCGUCCGUGUCGUCGGCAGUUGCCGCGCUCACGAAGGACGAACCUUUUCGCCCGAUUUCAUGUCUGGACAUCAGUGACGGAUCGCUGGGCGCGCUGCUGGCAGCAACACACAAGGAGGUCUCCAGCGUCACUUCCGUCGAGUCCAAGGAGGUCUCGGCACGAAUCUUCGAUCAAGUUCUGACCUACAACAACGCUAAUGCAGAUGUAUUGAACAGCGGCGUGAAGGGCCUACUACCUGAGCACUUGCAAGGCGAGCCAUCGAGCGUGGAUCUGCUUGUGGGCGAGCCCUUCUACUACUCAAUGCAGAACCUGCCGCUCUGGCAGGCAUUUAACUUCUGGCUCCGACGCUCUGCCGUUGACAAGUUGCUGCACCCGAAGGCUCGUGUGCUGCCUGCACGCGCGCGCAUUCUAGCCCAAGCCGCACGGUUCGAGAACCUGCACCAAUGCUUCGGUGCGGUGGGCAACGUGUCGGGCUACGACCACAGCUGCUUCGACCAGUUCCAGGACGAGUACUACACGCGCAACUUCCCGUUCCCGGCCUACAUGUACCCGUACAAAUCAGUAUCGGACGUGGUGGAGCUGGCAGCGCUGGACUUCAUGCAGACGGCGCACACGGUGGCCACCAACGGAUCCAUUGAGCUCAAGGACGCAGCGGCGAACGCGGUGAUCGUCUGGGUCGAGUACACGUUGGACGCUGCCGGGCAGCAUGUCGUCGCGACUGGGCCGGCGGUGCGCUACGCGAAGCAGCUCAUCCGCUUCCUCCCGCCCGUGUCGGCCGGAGCAUCGAAGCGUGCCGUGGCGUCCCGAUUCUGCUUCGACUCGCUGGAAGGCACGAUCGACCUCAGCUUUGAUGCCAACUAG